UUUCCAUUUACUGCAUAAUUCUGUAUGUUGUUUUGCUUCAUCUCAGUAUAUAGUGGCAUUAUAUCAAGUGCAGAACUAUUUACAUGGAAACUUUCAAUAACAAAUAUUGUUCUGAUAAUUUUUUUCUAAAUUCUGUUACAGCACCACUUUUAUAGAUAUGAAUUUGGAAUUCAUAUUUCAAUUUAAUUUCUGGUUCCGGGAAAUCCUAAUUCCAAACCAGCUACUGUUUGCAAAUAUGUUUGACAUUUCUGAUCCUCACAAACACUGCCUAAGUUUUCAACAAUUUUUUAAAAAGUUACUUUGAAGAUUCUUGUCAUAAAUAAGGGAAAUGUUGGUACAUUUGUGUAUGUAUGUGCAGGUCUUCAGUGUGCAGGCCUAGCGUCCAACAAGAUGAAAAACAGACUCUGUGGACUCUGCUUCAGGAAUUAUAAUAACUUGUACCAGCAUUUUAGGUUUUCGCAUACAAUAGUAAAUCCUCAGGAGCGAUCUCUGCUACUGAAAUAUGGAAGUGCAAAGUUUAGGGGAGCAUUGACAUGUCCUAUUUGUCACAAGACAAAACUAGUCAGGCUUGAUAAACACCUGGUGGAUCAUCAUAGCAUGUGGGAAUAUGAGGACCGACAACCAGUCUUGGAGGAUGCCAAAAGAGCAGAAAUCAUCAAACAACUGGCUGUACUGAGGGGAUCUGAGCCAGACAAACCCAUGGUCUCCACUCUGGACAUUGUAUCAACAGCUCAGCCAGAUCCUGAAACCGUCCAUUUACAUGAGGACUUGGAAGAUUAUAAUGUGAUUAAGGUGGAGGUUAAUGAGCUUCCAAUCGACAGCUCACAAAUGAUCUGUUUGAUGCCAGAUGAAGAACCUGACCCUAUGGAUUGUACCCAGAAUUUACAGCCAGCUGAAUUAGUUAACCAGCCAGAUCAAUAUGCAAAAACAUUAGUUUCAAGCGCUGACUUUGAUACUAAGUCCUCUUCAUCCAAACCCAGGUGUUCAUGCAAACUGAAUGAGGUUUCUGAGGAUUUGAAAUAUUGUAAGCGUCAAGUUGAGCAACUUACAAACAGGGUUGACAAGUUGGAUCAAUACCUGAUGAAAACAAGGAAACAACAAAUGUUUACAAAGUCUGCAAAUGCACAACAAUGUGUCACAUCAGUGAAGAGAGCGAAAUUGGAGGAUAAAAAGACUGACGAUGUUCCCUUGUAUGAGGUUAUUCUCAAGGAUUUUAAGGGAUGUCACAUGGCGAAACACACUGGGAAGACGCGGUUAACCAACUCACAGCAGGCAGAGAACCAUGCAAAACAAUUCUGCUCUUACAUGCUCAAUGAAUCUCCAUCUUCUGCUGGGCACAAAGAUCUUACCUUUUUAUACCAGAUGGACAAGUUGUACUUGUUUUCAAGGUCCCUAGCAGUCCAGGGGUAUGCCCCAUCUACCAUUCAGAAAAGGCUGUGUAAUGUUAUCAUGUUCCUCAAGCACAUUGAGUCCAACUUUCAAAAACCCAGCAAGCUCACGCAUGAACAACUGUUUGAGAUAUCUGAUGAAAUAAGAAGACUAAAGGCUCAGUUGGUGUCAAAAGAAGCCGUUUAUCAGCAAGAAUCCUGGCACAGGAUGACGGAGAAUUUGACAGCUGUAGAGACUGAAUUUCUGAUUGUUGCUCAACAAAAGAUCCCUGUGCUCCUAAAACACAUACACAAUUCUCCAAAUGUGAUGGCUGACCACAACAAGUUGAUGGGAUACAUGAUGGGAUACUUCGCAAUACAGACUAGAAACAGUUUGGUUAAUUUAGCAAACAUGAUUAAAGACAAUGUGACCUCUGCAAACAGCUCUAUGGAUAAAAGACUUUUCUGGGUUGAGGUUAAUGAGAACAAGAGUAUCCACAGCUCUAGGCAACCAGUUUUGUUUCUCAGCUUGAAGGAGUAUCUGUGGCUAGACCUGCUCAUAAACACCUCCUGCUGCCACCAGGCUUCCCAGUGCCAGUAUGUCUUCCACACAGUGUUUGGCAACAAAAUAAGCAUACCUGGAACCCUUCUCCGUGCUUCUUGCAUCGACUCUGGGAUAGAGACGAGUAAGUUUAUGUCAAGUGAGCAAAGGCAGCAGCUAGAAAGGUUCAUAUCCUGUUAUUCCCAACUGAAGGCUCUGAACAGUCCUACACAAUGUCCCACUGAUGGUAACCACACUAAUGUUGUGGAAGACCUCUCUCUGAAAGAUGGGGAAUUGAGGAAGUGCAAUGACAGGCACCAAGAGGAGGAAGACACUAAAAUGGACUAUGUGCCAGAACUGGGUAGGCUUUCUUCACAAUUCACUGUGCCUGAAGACACAACAAAGACAAGGGUGCACAGGGAAAAGCAGAAGACAACUUUUUGUCAUGAGACACCUUCAAAAUAUGUCGUUCAGCUGAAGGGGUUCGACCAGUUCAGUGUGGAAGGUUGUCAAAGAGGAAUCAGCUUCUUAAAAGAACCGCAUCAACCCUGUGGCCAACAAACAGUUCACAGCUCGGAAGAUAUCCAAAUACAAGGACUUGCAAGACAACAAAUCCCUGGGGGCACAGCAGACUUUUCAAGCCAAUACCCUCCCAAACAUCCUUUCCUUCCGUGUGACCUCAAGGUCAAACAAGAGCCAUCAGACUGACGAGACCCUCUGUUCAACAUGUAAGUCCUUCAGGAAUAAGGGUUAAGAGUCCUAAUUCUUCUCUAUCCUUGGGGACAUGGCAGAGUUUAGCAAAGUUUUGUAUUAUGUCAAUUUAAAAAGAAACGUAAAUGACAGUGGCUUUGUUGAUGUUAUGUUAUCUCUUAUUUGGUGUUCUUUGGGACAAUUUUAUGUUGUCAAUUUCUUUUCAUCUAUGCAGCACUAGUUUAUUAGAAACUGUAACAUUAUGGGAUGAGACUUACACAGUUAAGUAAAAAGAUGCACAGUCAACAAAGAAAUGUCAGUCAUGGCCGUCAGGAUUUUUGUUUAGAGAAAGAAAUGUCAUUUAAUUUCAUUCUUUGAGUUUAGACAAAAAUGUUACAAAUGAUUGAAUGCAGUGCUUGCAAACAUUCCUUUUGACCUAUUUAGUAUUAAUCUUCACAAAGGUUUUUUCCCCUUUUGCGCAUGAUGCAACUUUGAAAAUAAAAACUUCAAAUGAG